CGAACAGGUAGGAGGCGCGGAGAAAAUUCUCCAACAUGAAGUCGGUCUGUUCCCAUAUUUUGUUCAUAAUCCUUUUGAGUACAACUCACAUCAUUGACGCCGUGAAGUUGGUAGUCAUAAAAGAUGAUGCUGGUUCCAAAUCAGAAGAAGAAUCUGUUGAGAAAUUCAGCUCCAAUGAAUCCAAAGAAAUCGAUUUUUUGAUGGACUUUAUUGAAAAGGAAGCUAGAGGGCGCAGAAAUCCACCUCCUGCUCAAACUGGUCGUCUUGUUAGAAGAAAAAAGACUAACUCCGGUUUGGCUUCUCAACACAGCUUUCGAAACGAACGAGUUCAUGUCCCCAAACUGGCCAAGGAAUAUCAUGUUCAUUAUCAUAAUCAUCAGCACAAAGCAACGGAAAAUCCAUCAUUGGCCGUUAAUGAAGAUAAGUUAACACCCAUGUUAUUGGACACACUCUCUUCCCACCUAAAUACUUUCCAGAAUAUUUACACUUCGCCAAGAGCGCCAAGUUUGCCUUUAAUAAUACCAUCAGAGGCAGAUAGAUUUAAAGACUUUAAAGAUUUUGAAUCACUCCUCCGCCCCAUGAAUCCAAAUUCUGAACCUCAUUCCAAAUAUCCAACCUUAGAUGUCGACAGAGAAGUAAUAAACAGUUUUGAUGCAGCUUCCAUACAACCCAUAGUUGCCACUUCAAAUAGAACUAAUAAUAAUGGGAAAUUGGAAAUACUUAAAAAAUAUCAGAAACUCUUGAAUUCCAGAUUCAGACAUAACCAUAACUCUCAAUUUGGCGAUGGCGAUUUCUUGAAUCGGGAUCGCUUUGCUGGAUUCACUGAUUUUUCAAACAUUGAAACCCCGCCACCAUCUUCCGAAGUAGCUGAAAAACCUAAAAAUCCAGAACAGAAUGAGGACAUGGAAAUAAAAGAUUUCGCCAUCGUUAUCAAAACUAAGAACCGCUCGUCUCCAACAAAGAAAAAUAACCAAAAUUACGAUAACCGAAUGAAUUAUCAUAAAGUCUUAAACCUCCGUCCUAAACUACGUAUGCCACAGGAAACGCGUUCAAGCCAAGCUUUGAGAUUACCUAGAGUUUUGGAUUCACCGGGUGGAACUCCUGCCUUUAUUGACAAACUGAACUUACUGAAACACGCAAAGCAAUUAGUUAGUUCAAAUGUUGCUUUGCGGCAUGCUUUGACUCAGAAUUUGAAUUCUGUUGAAAGCCAAAAUCAACAAAGGCUUUCACUAAAACCUGUGCCAAGAUCCAGUACGAAUUCCCAUACAUACAAUGGAUGGGUAGUACAAAGAGUAGUUUAGGGAAAAAUAUGUGUUUCUUUUAAAAAGAAACCCCUAAUAUAGAGACUUUAAAUUCGAAUAAUCGCUGAGCGAUUUUCAU